UUAAUGAUAUCGAAGAGAUCUUGCGUAUUGGUAAAUCGUACGGUCGGGGGAUCGCUAUCUUUCGUCGACUUAACUGAAGUAAGUAUGGUAGACGCCGACGGAGCUGCCGAUGAAGCCGACACCGACGGAGAUAUCGUCGACCUCGAUAUGAUUGCCGCCAUGGCGAAGCGUUGAAGUUUAAAGUUGGGAUCUGUGAGAUGCGUAGAGGAAGCCACUGGAGGGGUACGUGCUCAUGAAAAUGGCGGGGCCACACUAGCCAAAAAUGGCAGCCUAGACAGCGACAUAGGCACUCCUCGUGGAAUUGCUGCAACCGCGGGGCGACUUCUCUCUCUAUUUUCUAGAUCUAGCAUGAGUUUGCUUGCUUGCUGCCCGUCGUGGUUUGCACAUGGGUUGUUUGUUUCUCUGCGUGCAAUCGUGCUUGCAUCUGCAUCUGCAUUCUUUGGCGGGAUCUCUAAGUUCUCAGGCGUCUUCACUCCUUCCAGAUCAAGGCCACGAGUGGAGUCAGCGGCUCGGCCUGACGUUAACCGUUGCGAGAUUGGCAAAGUGGUACUCAACAGCGGAGUUUGGCCCCUUUCCCGGAUCGUGCAGCACCGUGUUCUCGAAUACGAUAUGAAAAGAAUAAGUAAAAGAUAAACAUAUUUUGGUAGGUGUUUAUCCUCAGACAAGAAUACCGCUCGAUAUAGCCUCCGUUCAAAGUUCGGGUGUGUGGAGCGGAGCGGCCAGCAUGUGAUGCGCCAGUUGUAGCCGGCCAGAUCCAAGAACC